CCAGAGGAAGAACAGAGCCCAAAACUCAGAGCCCCAGCAGAGAACCUAGAAGGGCAGAAGGAAAAAGAGAUUUUCCUCCCCUACACUGUUUUACAGGAAGAUGCUGCUCACCAACUCCCAUCCACCAUUUCAGAGAAAUGGAACAAAUAAUCCUAAAAUUCGUAUGGAACAAGAAAAGACCCCGCAUAGCCAGAGGAAUGUUGACAAAGAAAACCAAAGUUGGUGGCAUCACAAUUCCGGGCUUCAAGCUCUAUUACAAAGCUGUAAUCAUCAAGACAGUAUGGUACUGGCACAAAAACAGACACAUAGAUCAAUGGAACAGAAUAGAGAGUCCAGAAAUGGACCCUCAACUCUAUGGUCAACUAAUCUUUGACAGAGCAGGAAAGAAUGUCCAAUGGAAAAAAGGCAGUCUCCUCAACAAAUGGUGUUGGGAAAAUUUGGACAGCUACAUGCAGAAGAAUGAAACUAGACCAUUUCCUUACACCACACACAAAAAUAGACUCAAAAUGGAUGAAAGGCCUAAAUGUGAGACAGGAAUCCAACAAAAUCUUUGAGUAGAACACAGGCUGCCACCUCUUUGACCUCAGCCACAGCAACUUCUUCCUAAACACAGCACCAAAGGCAAGGGAAGCAAGGGCCAAAAUGAACUAUUGGGAUUUCAUCAAGAAAAAAAGUUUUUGCACAGCAAAGGAAACAGUCAACAAAACCAAAAGACAACUGACAGAAUGGGAGAAGAUAUUUGCAAAUGGCAUAUCAGAUAAAGGGCUAGUAUCCAAAAUCUGUAAAGAACUUAUUAAACUCAACACCCAAAGAACAAAUAAUCCAAUCAAGAAAUCGGCAGAAGACAUGAACAGAGAUUUCUGGAAAGAGGACAUCCAAAUGGCCAACAGACACAUGAAAAAGUGUUCAACAUCACUAGGCAUCAGGGAAAUCCAAAUCAAAACCUCAAUGAGAUACCACCUCACACCAGUCAGAAUGGCUAAAAUUAACAAGUCAGGAAACGACAGAUAUUGGCGAGGAUGCGGAGAAAGGGGAACCCUCCUAUACUGUUGGUGGGAAUGCAAGCUGGUGCAGUCACUCUGAAAAAUGGUAUGGAGGUUCCUCAAAAGGUUGAAAAUAGAGCUACCCUACGACCCAGCAAUUGUACUACUGGGUAUUUACCACAAAGAUAAAAAUAUAGUGAUCCGAAGGGGUACGUGCACCCCAAUGUUUAUAGCAGCAAUGUCCACAGUAGCCAAACUAUGGAAAGAGCCAAGAUGUCCAUCAACAGAUGAAUGGAUAAAGAAGAUGUGGUAUGGGGUGAUGGUGCCGACGGGUCAGAAGCCUAGAGGUGGUGGCAAAAUGGUAGCGCCUGAGGAGCGGGAUCUAACCCAGGAGCAGACAGAGAAGCUGCUGCAGUUUCAGGAUCUGACUGGCAUAGAAUCUAUGGAUCAAUGUCACCAUACCUUGGAACAGCAUAACUGGAACAUAGAGGCUGCUGUACAGGACUGAUUGAAUGAGCAAGAAGGUGUACCACCUCCAUCCUGACCCGUGCAAGUUAAUACAGCUGACCACAGGAUCUGCAGUUAUGUUGUCUCGAGACCACAACCAAGGGGGCUGCUUGGAUGGGGUUAUUACUUGAUAAUGCUUCCAUUCCAGUUUACCUAUUACACAUUACUUGAUAUAUUUAGGUUUGCUCUGCGUUUUAUAUGGCCUGACCCUCGCAGCCGGGUCACUGACCCCGUUGGGGACAUUGUUUCAUUUAUGCACUCUUUUGAAGAGAAAUAUGGGAGGGCACACCCUGUCUUCUACCAGGGAACGUACAGCCAGGCACUCAAUGAUGCCAAGUGGGAGCUUCACUUCCUUUUGCUUUAUCUUCAUGGAGAUGAUCACCAGGACUCUGAUGAGUUCUGUUGCAACACACUCUGUGCACCUGAAGUUAUUUCCCUAAUAAACACUAGGAUGCUCUUCUGGGCAUGCUCCACAAAUAAACCUGAGGGAUACAGGGUCUCACAGGCUUUACGAGAGAACACCUACCCAUUCCUGGCCAUGAUUAUGCUGAAGGAUGGGAGAAUGACUGUGGUGGGAUGGCUAGAAGGCCUCAUUCAACCCGAUGAUCUCAUUAACCAGCUGACAUUUAUCAUGGAUGCAAACCAGACUUACCUGGUGUCAGAACGGCUUGACAGGGAAGAACGAAACCAGACCCAGGUGUUGAAACAACAGCAGGAUGAGGCCUAUCCGGCCUCUCUCAGGGCUGACCAGGAGAAAGAAAGGAAGAAACGAGAGGAGCGGGAGCGGAAGCGGCGGAAGGAGGAGGAGAUGCAACAGCAGAAGUUGACAGAAGAGAGACGGCGGCGGAAUUUACAAGAGGAAAAGGAAAGGAAGUUGGAGAGCCUGCCCCGGGAGCCUUCCCUUGAUGACCCUGAAAGUGUCAAGAUCAUUUUCAAAUUACCCAAUGGUUCUCGAGUAGAGAGACGAUUCCACUUCUCACAGUCUCUAACAGUAAUCCACGACUUCUUAUUUUCCUUGAAAGAAAGCCCAGAAAACUUUCAGAUUGAAGCCAACUCUCCCCGGAGGGUGCUGCCCUGUAUCCCUUCAGAGGAGUGGCCCAACCCCCCCACGCUGCAGGAAGCAGGACUCAGCCACACAGAAGUUCUCUUUGUUCAGGACCUAACAGAUGAAUGACACUUUUUUCUUCCUCUCCCCUCCUACCCUAAUCCCUAAAGGAAAUGGAAAAACAAAAACAAAACAAGAGAGAGAAAUUCAUAUUAUUAUUAUUAUAAUACAAUAUAUUUUUUUAAAAGACUGCUGCAUCCUAAGGAAGGAUCAGAAACCAUGCUGCCUAAAAGAGUCACCACCUGUGUGUGCGCGCGCGAGGUCAGCAAUGAACGUUUCCGCUGUCAAGCCCACCCUCCCCUACUGCUUCUGCACCAAGCACCUUCCAACGAAAGGAGACUGUUCGCCUCCAACCCAGUCAUUGUCCCUACUGUGGAAGGGGACAUUCCCACUAGUUCUCGUUCGUUCCUGCUUUUAUGGAAAAUAAAAGUGAAAAAACCUCCAUUAUCCAGCUACUGCAGCAUCUCCUGAAGACUUGCUUCUUCCACCACCGGAGAAGAGAGGGAAGAGAAGGCACAGAACAGAGAUGUUCCUUGAACUUCCCACAAUUUAUAAAUAACUUCCAAAUGUUUUCUGUUGCUUUGUAAUGACCAAAGGAAUGAGGCUGACAUAGGUGUUUUUUUUCCUUAACUUUAUUUGAUAAGAGCCAAUUCUUAAGCCCAUGAAUUCAUGCCCUGGGUUCCUUAGCCCACAAGACUGUAAUAAAGGUGCCCUGGGCUGGUUUGUGCUUAAAAAAAAAAAAGAAGAUGU